GCUGAGACGAUGGGUCCCCGUAUUUAAUGCUACCGCACCGACAUGACUGCUUUGGAAAAGGAUAGGCGCAGAUUGCCAAGACGAAGCUCGGCCGAAUUGAUCAUCUCUGUGAUCUUCUCAUGCGUCUGCUGUGAAAUCUGAACUCACUCACUCACACACACCCCUCCUUCCUCACAUGAGCCGUUCAUCUCAUUUAUCUUCACACGCCAUCUCACUCACUCCAUAGAAACUCAUAUUCAACUCAAACACUCACACUCACAUUCACACUCAAAAUGCCUCUCUCAUCACAAGCAGUCAACGAAAUCAAAGGCAUCGUAGACAAUGCCGUCACAGCCUCCCCCACCGGGAUCCCCGGAACGACCGUAGUCGUAAUCGACCGCACCGGCACCGAACAAUUCGCCCACGCCGCCGGCACCCGGGGCGUCAACUCUUCGGAGCCCAUGACCCUGGACAGCGUCUACUGGAUUGCCUCGUGCACGAAAAUGGUGGUCGGCAUCGCGUGCAUGCAGCUCGUCGAGAAGGGCCAGCUCAACCUCGAUGACGCCGACCACCUGGAGAAGCUCUGCCCGGAGCUGGCCGACAUCAAGGUCCUGACGCCCGAGGGUAAGCUCGUGGACAAGAAGCGCGGUAUCACGCUCCGCAUGCUGCUGACGCACACGGCUGGGUUCGGGUAUACCUUCUUUAGUGAAAGGCUGCGCGAUUGGAGUCUGCCGGCGGGGAUUGAUGAGUUCUCGGGGAGUGUGAGGGAUAUGGUGCAGCCUUUGUUGUUCCAGCCGGGGGAGGGCUGGGAGUAUGGCGUCGGCAUUGACUGGGCUGGCAUCGCGCUGGAGCGGGCCACGAACAUGAGUCUGAAUGACUACAUCCAGGCCAACAUCUGCCAGCCUCUGGGCCUCAAGAACGUCAACAUGAUACCGACGCCCUCGAUGAAGGCGCAGUUGGCGUACAUGCACUACAAGAGGCCUGACGGCAAGUUGGUCCACAGAGACCACCCUCUCCAUCGCCCAUUGAUCGUGCAAUCGGAGGAAGAGAUCCGCGCCUGCUUCAACAGCGGUGGCGCCGGAAUCUUUGCAAAGCCUCAAGAAUACACCCGCAUCCUGGCAGUCUUCCUCAACGACGGAACCUGCCCCAUCACAAAAGCCCAACUCCUCAAGAAGGAGACAGUAGACGAAAUGUUCUCCAACCAAAUCUCCAAAUUCCCAGACUUUGCCCGGCAGGGCGUCCAGGACGCGAAGCCGGAGCUGACAAACGGGAUCCCGGAGCUCUACCCGCUCCCGGGCAACCCGCCGCAGGGCUGGGGCCUGACGUUCAUGAUCACGGGCGGGCCGACGGGGCGCUCGAGCGGGACGGCGUGGUGGGCUGGGCUGCCGAACCUGUUUUGGUGGUGCGACCGGGAGAACGGGGUGGCCGGGAUCGUGUGCUCGCAGAUUCUGCCGUUUGGCGACGCUUCGGUCAUGGGGCUUUGGGCGCAGGUUGAGGCUGCUGUGUACAAGGGGCUGAGUGCGUGAUGCGCUGCCUAUGGUGAUGAACGGAAUGGAUGCUUUCAGUCUAGCUAGACACCGUGGUUCCGCGGGGUUUAGCGUCGUUCUCCUGCUGAUGAGGCUUGUUUCUAGUCGGAAUUUUCGGAAACAGAUUUUCAUGUAUGGAUGAUUCCCUAUUGGCCCCC